GGCUUAGGCAUCAUAGCCUUAUGCAAGACUAUGGAGAAUUGCAUAUGGAAACCGAAGUUAUGAGAAAAAGGUUACAGGCAGUGCGAGAAAGAAAGGCAACACUAAUGGCUGAAGUCAGAUUUCUGCGUCGGAGAUACAGACAUUUGAGAGAAGACCAGCCACAAGACAUUAAAAAGGUUAGAAGAUCAAAUGGUGGGAGGAAGAUCCGAGUGGAAGUGUCUCCUAAUAAGAGAAGUGAGACGGAAACUAAGCAUGUUUCGCUUCCUGACUUAAACCAUUCGGGAAAGGCUCCCGAUGAAACCGAAACCAGUCCUAAGAGAAGAGUUCCAUUGUUUGAUCUAAACCAGAUAUCUGGAGAAGAAGAGCAAGAAACAGAGGCAGUGGACAAUAAUAAUCAAGAGAAGACGAGAGUUGAAGAAAGUAGUUCAUGUAAGAGAAUGAGCAGCGGCAUUGAGAUGCAGCAGAAAGAUGUGAAACUAUCUUCUUGCAGAAAUGGCGGAAACGGGUCAAACAAGAGGAAAAUUUCAUGGCAAGAUCCUGUUGCAGCUCUCAGAGUCUAAAACAAGAAGAAGGAACCUUUUGUCCUUCUUCAAGUAUCUCUUGUUGUAACAUAGCUUUCAUCAAUUUUAGCUUGCUUUAUUUUACUUAUCUUCUUCGAUGAAAACAUAUAUCCAAUUGUGACUUGAAAACUUAAAAAUCUUAUCCUCUUUCUCUAUUCUUGAGGUGGCUUAUUACAAACGUGACAUUUGUAUUAUGGAAACAAGUGUCAGUCAACGAAAUCUAUGGAAGUGAUCCAAAAGUCAAGGAACAAAAUUAACGGUCAGAUGUAUU